UCUGCCUCCGGCUGCCAGGGGAGCGGGCUGGGGGAACGGAGCGCGGCGGCAGCGAUAGCGGCAGCUGCAGCACCAGAGAACAGAGCCGUCUGGCCAAGCGUCGUCGAGCCGGGGCGCGCGGCUGCGACAGGUGGUCGUCUUGCUUUAGGACGGCUACUAAAGGACCCGACUUCUCCGUCAUCCAGCCAAGAGGUCUACAACUCGGGCUGCCUGAGCUGCAUCACCCGACCGAUGUAAACAAGCGCCACGGUUCCUCUCUCCUCGCUUUUGGUCCUUCGGGGAUCGGCCGGCUCCGCAGGCGGCUGGGGCUGGCAGGAUUGCUCUGGACGCCACCGUCCAGUAGACGCCGAGCGAGAUUCCUCGAGGGAUAGAAGAAAUACACCUGAGGAUGACACCUGGCGGGAACUGGGCUUGACCGAUCUGAAGACGGAAGGAUCCGGAGAUAUCCGGAUUUAUUCCAGCAGCGAGAGGGGAGCAGAAGGGAUUGGUCGGAAGCCAAGAGAGGCGGGGAAAGGAGGCGGAGAGACAGAGACCGGGAACGAUCCCUAAGCAUCCCGCUUCUGGCAGGAGACCCAGCCGAUUCGAGAUCUGAAGUUUGGGAGCGAAGCCGAGAAGGGCGAGGCGCAAUCCCGUCUCCGAGGCGCGUCUUCAAUCCCGCCGCCAGGAUGAUCUCCGACCCGGAGAAAUCCCAAAUGUCUCCGGGAAGACAAGCCUAAUCUGUGGCUGCGUUGGGAGGGCGCCUUAUAGGCUCCUGACUCCCGAGUAAAGACUCCAGGUGCGUCGACUGCCGCUCCUACAAAUCGGGAGAAGGCAGCCUCCGACGCUCUAGAAACCCAGAGGAGGAGCAUAGUUCCAACGACAAAACCACCCUGGACAGCGAAACCAGGUCCCCGGGACCAUGGCAAACGGAGACCUUGCCCAUUGAUCCAGCUUGAUCCCUCCUCUCUUGGCCGGCACCGUGACAUUUCAGAGAGGGUUUGCAGCUCCAAUUGCCAGCUCUAGCUGUCAGUUGGGACCCUGGCAGUUCCCACACCCUCCAGCUGUGGGGCAGCCUUGAUGCCCAGAGCAGGGGUGACACAGUCCAGAGAUGCCCUGGGAAGUCGUUGGUUUCCUCCUGGUGCUCUUUCAACGGUCCUGGACUCUGCAGAAAGCAGAAUUAUCUGAAUGCUUUAUGGUGAAUGGAGCUGAUUACCGGGGACUGCAGAACAGAACUGCUCCUGGAUCCACUGGGAAGCCUUGUCUCUACUGGAACCAGACACGAGAACAUGCCUACAACACGGCCAAAUAUCCCAAUGGCGAGUGGGGGCUGGGCAGUCACAAUUACUGCCGAAAUCCGGAUGGUGAUGUACAGCCCUGGUGCUAUAUCUCAGAAAAUGAAGAAGGGAUCUACUGGAAGUACUGUGACAUCCCAACCUGCCACAUGCCUGGCUAUGUUGGCUGCUUCCUGGACUCUGGCACUCCCCCAACACUAAGUGGGAGCAGUGGCACCUCCACCAAGCUCACAGUGCAAGUUUGCCUCAGUUUCUGCCGCAAGCGAGGCUAUAAGUUUGCUGGAGUGGAAGCUGGUUAUGCCUGCUUUUGUGGCCAUGAAGGGGAUAUCCGGCACAGCCAGCAAGUGAGUGCUGUGGAAUGUGAUCAAGUCUGCUUUGGCAAGUCCAGUGAACUGUGUGGAGGAGAUGGCCGGAUUGGCAUAUACAAUGUCUCCAUGGGGGCCUGUCAGGGGAACUUCAGUGAUCUGUCUGGAGUGAUCUACUCUCCGCAGUUCCCAGAUGACUAUGAGGCCAACAGCAACUGCAGCUGGGUCCUUUAUCCUGCAGGUUAUGAUUCUAUAGAACUCAGCUUCCAGAUCUUUGAUGUGCGUGAUCCAAACGACCGCCUAGAGGUCCGGGAUGGACACAGCAAUCUUUUACUGGCCCACUUUGAUGGGCGCCGAAGGCCAGCUGCACCUCUGCUGUUCCCCACGGACUGUCUUUCUCUCUCCUUCCAAUCAGACCAGUUUCUGCAAGCCCAAGGCUUUGCCAUCUUGUAUCGAGGAUUGAAAGCUUCCUCGGUCAAUUUACGGACCCUUCCAGGGGAUGGAUCCCGUCUGACCCCUACCUCUUCUGAUUGGCUGAACUCAACCUGGACCUACAGUGCCAAUGACUCUGCCAUUGGGGUAGGAGCUUGGGUGAUGUACACGGCCACAGGCACCUUCAUCUUAGCUAUCAUCAUUGUCUCAUAUCAUUUGCGCAAGAGGACUUGUCUUUUUGUACAAAAGAAGACGGGGAAUUCUUUAGUCCCAUUCUCCUCCAAAGGGCCACGGAACCGUUGCCAGUGUCUUGGGGGUGAGGCAUGGGCUGUAGCCUAUCGACAUACUCGUGUGGUGAUCUGCACAACGCGUGGGGCCCCCCACCACCGUCCCCUGCACAAUGGGAGUGGAGUUGCCGGGGGAGAUGACGAGACGUCCUCCGAUUGCUCGUGUCUGUGCCACAGCUAUGAGAACCUUUCUUCCACCAACCAGUCCUCUCUCAAAUCUCUCAUCUCCACCAUCUGAGGAGCUCAGAUCCUGCAGUUUGUGACUUUUACUGCCAGAUCAGUUAAAGCAGACCUUCCUUGGUUCAUUAGGGACAAAAAGACUGGGACCUUACAGUGUUUAGUCACUCAAGAUGGGCAGCUGUGGCUCUAUGACAUAGUGGAAGUCGAAGGUUUUAGGCUGAGAACCACAUUCCAGAAAGCCAAAGGUCACUGGGUAGCAAGGCUCCGUAACAAUAUCCGCCACAUCACAGCUUUCUUUGAGGCAGGAAAAGCCUGAGGGAGUGGAGACGCUCUUGCCACGUCUCCUUGGGGAAGACAUGUCAGCUUAAUUUAAUCUCAAAGCAGCCUUUAUGGCACUGGAAUUUUGUAAAAAGGUCCUGUUGGACAAAGAGGACUGGUAGAAGCUCCCAUUAUACCAGAAAUAUUCCCCAAUGGCAUUAUGGAGUAAUGUAGAUCUGUGUGACAACAUACCUGUUCCUUAUAACUGAUGGAAGGGGGAAAACUUUGGAAGGAAUGGAGGCCUGAGUAUAGUAUGCUUGAUGAAUUUUUGGACACUGACUAGGGAAAACCGGUUCUCAUGUUGUGGUUGUAUCAUCAGUGAGACAUUUAGCUGCAAAUACUCCGAAGACCUCGAGACCCAUGAAAACAUUAUUUACUUGGCAUCAGGGAAGUUUCUAGAAACACCAAAGAAUGAGGAAAAGGGAAACUAGCCGUCCUUUGUUCCACAGGUACAGGAUGGAUUUUGGAACUCGAAGCCUUCAUUAAAUUAUUUUCAUAUUGUCAAGGAUCCUUCUGUGUUAUAAAUCAUCAGCUCUGUUGAGUUGUGGUUCACAGCUUGAUAGAUUUUCUGCUUUCCUGGACUGAGUAGGAGAUACACUGGAUUGUCCAUUUUUCAUUGAACAUGGUUCAUUUCUGUGAGUAUUUUGUCAUUAGUAGUGGGGAACCAAGCGAUCUUGAAUAAGAGGACAGGUUCUGGAAGAAAGUGAGGAACAUUGGUACUUUCUCCUGACUUUUGCUAAUCUGGUUUCAGAUUCCUGGUUUCCUACUGGACCUGCAGUGUGUUUGGGAGGUAAGGUGUGGUCGGCUGUCCCUAAGGCUCUGUGAGCCCUGCAGCUGUAGCCAAGGCUUGGAUGGCUAUGCAUCUAUGCUGUUCUUAAAAAAAAAAAAGGUACAGAAUAUAGGGUGGCAACCAAAAUCCUUAGGAGCCUUGAGCAAUUCCCAAAUAAGGUUGUUUUUUUUUUUUUUUUUUUUUUACAAUGUUGGGAUGAAUUUCAUGAGGAGGAGAAGGUGAGCAAGACAGGCAAUGACUGUAUAAAAUUAUGCAGAAUGAAUAAUCACCAAUAGUAGAAAAUGAGAACAUGCAGUGAAGCUGAACUGAUAGAAGAAAUACUAACUUUCUUCAUGUCAAUAGCAAAUCCUAGCUAAUGGGACAGAAUCUGCUGCAUAUAAAUAGUGUGUUAUUUUAUUGAAUCAUAGACUAGAUUGGUGGUGAUGAGGCUGUUAGCAGAUCCUUGUGCCAAAUUCUUUCAGUGUUCCUUCCCUAGUCAUAAUGGUUGCCAGUGCAGAAUUGUUUAAAAGAAGAGGACAGCAUAAUCUCCUAGUACCUAGUAGCAUCUGGUUAGCCACAAAGUGAAACAGGAUCCAGAACAACUAUACAGUGUGUGAUUUAAUGCAGUGUGUUUCAAACUUGGCAAUUGUAAGAUGAUUGGACUUCAACUCCCAUGCUGGCUAGAGGAUUCUGGGAGUUGAAGCCCACAUAUCUUAAAAUUGCCAAGUUUGAAAAACCCGAUGUAACCUAUCAGGUUUUUUUAAAUAAUGUACUAUCUUUAGGAGAGAGCAAGAGAAGACAUUAUUCUAAAAGUCAGCUUUUUGGAAUGUGAUCCACUAGCUCUUGUAAUUCUUCAGCUGAGAAUGGAAUGGAGGAGGGGGGGGUUCUGCUCCAGCUAUAUACUUCAAAACAAUAUCCCCUAGAUCAGGGGUGUCAAACUCGAUUUCAUUGAGGGCGGCAUCAGGGUUGUGUUUGAUCUCAGGGGAUGUGUGGGCAUGGCCAGCUCAACAUCACUCCGGUCGGGGGCACCUGUGUUGGCCUGAGAGCUCUGCCAGCGAAAAUGAAGCUCUGGAGGGAUGUACAUAGCCCUCCUGAGCUCCGUUUUCGCUGGCAGAGGGUUGCAGGAGGCUGUUGCAGUCAAAAAUGGAGCUCGGGUAGGCUGCACGCUGGCGGAGGCGAUGCGAGCCAGUCCUUCGCUGUUUCCAGGGUGGCACUGCCAUAUCUAAGUACCCUAUGGGCCGGAUUUGGCCUGCAAGCCUUGAGUUUGACACGCCUACCCUAGAUUUUUCCAACCUGGUGCCCUCCAACCGAGGUCCUCGUUGUUAUAUGCUUUUCCCAAGGUUUAGUACAAAUCAGAACAACACAAUAAUUAUAGAAAUAUAUUAUUAUAAAAUUAAUCGAUAAUUUAAUAGCCAAACCUGUAAACAAAGUUUAAGGG